AUGACUGAUUUAUUAAAAAUUCCAGACGGACAAGGAACUAAUUCCUCAGCCACUUUAUCUCAUCCUGUUAGUCCUCCGAUCACUACAUCAUGUAAUAGAUGGACUAGAGAUCCUUGGCUUUCUAUCAGCAUUCGAUGGCUUGAUUCCACUCCAUUAACUUCUAGCCUCAAUCUGACGUCACCAAUGUCGUCCUCGAAUCAUGCUGUUAACCAUAGUUAUGUUGAUCUAUUGCCUAGCACUUUAUGCCAGCAAACAGCAUCUGCGAGCCCAGCGAUAAUUGGCUACCAUCCAAAUUCUGGAGCAAGACGAUCUUCUCCCUCAUCACAGUCUUCUCCUGGGAAGAAUGAUGUGAUGAGUCCAUGGGACAUGCAUCCAUUGCAUGUGGCGCGAGGUCCAUUAAACUGUGAGUAA